GCAAGUAUAACCAUCUCUCUAGUAAAAUUUAAGCACCGCCAUUUCCGACAAUCAAAACUCAAAAGAGCCCAUCAAAAGAAACGUUGUUGAAAGGUCAUUUUCCGCCACACGGUAAAGAGCGUUAACAUCAAAAGCAAAGUUUAUCUAUCUAUCUAUCCCUCAGGCUCAAACAAAAACAAAAUCUAUCUUUUGCAAACAAAGAAGCUCCGGCGAGAGACCCAGACAACGACCCAGUGAGGGGUGACUCGGAUUUUCCGUGAGGAAAGAAAUGGCUGUUGAUAGUGAGAAAUCAGGUGCUGAUGGGAAGGUUUGGAGUCUUUGCAAAAUGCCAUUUUGGCAGACGAGCAUUGCUUCCGCUUCGUCUUCUUCUUCUGUUGCCUCUGCUUCGGUUUCGGGUCAGAGUCAGAUUCACGAAGCUGUUGAAAGGUCGAGUCUACAUUCUUCGAAUGCGGUUUCGUCUAUGGCCAAGUCUCUGCUUCCGACUAGGAGGAGGCUCCGGCUUGAUCCUCCCAACAAGCUCUUCUUUCCCUAUGAACCUGGUAAGCAGGUUAGGAGCGCUGUUGGGAUUAAAAACAUCUGCAAGUCUCAUGUAGCUUUCAAGUUCCAAACAACUGCACCAAAGAGUUGUUAUAUGCGUCCUCCAGGCGGUAUACUUUCUCCUGGUGAAAGUAUAAUUGCAACUGUUUUCAAGUUUGUUGAGCCUCCAGAGAGCAAUGAGAAACCAAUCGAUCACAGGAGCAAGGUUAAGUUCAAAAUCAUGAGCUUAAAGGUCAAAGGGGAAAUGGACUAUGUACCAGAACUGUUUGAUGAGCAAAGGGAUCAAGUAGCAGUUGAGCAAAUUUUGCGGGUUGUUUUCCUUGAUCCUGAACGUCCUACCCCAGCACUGGAAAAACUUAAGCGACAGUUGGCUGAGGCAGAGGCUGCACUCGAGACACGCAAGAAGCCUCCAGAAGAGACCGGUCCACGAAUUCUCGGGGAAGGACUUGUUAUUGAUGAAUGGAAAGAACGGAGGGAAAGAUACUUGGCCCGGCAGCAGCAGGUUGAAGGGGUUGAUUCAGUGUAAAGUGCUGUUGUUUCCUUCAUGUUUUCUGCAUUUAUCAUUCUAGAGCAGAAAUUCUAUAUUGUGAUCAUGAAUUACUCGCCAAGUGAACAUCCUUAGAGGACAUAGAGGCCAGCCGGAGGUGCUGUCAAAAAGUAACAUGGAAGCAUCUAUGCUGUGAUCAUUGGUUGUGAGCAAAGUUGUAUUUGAUUUGAAAUACUUGAGUUAGGGCUCAUCCCUAUUACUUGUAGAUAGCAGGAUUUUAAUUAGGGUUGAAACUUUUAGCUUUUGAAGAAUGAAUAUAUUGCUCUUGAUUUUAUGCAAAAA